AUGUAUCUCCCACCCGUCCCCGUUGGGGUCUCUCCGACCACGCUCCCACCCAUUCCCACACCUGUCACUAAGCCUGGAUUCCCAUUGGACCCUCCAAGGUUUUAUUUAUUGGGCCAAAUUGAAUACUACUUUUCAGUUCAGAACCUUGCUACAGAUCUCUUCCUCCGUCGACAGAUGGAUGGGGAAGGCUGGAUCGAAAUUGGAAUGAUAGCUUCCUUCAAUCGAAUGCAGCGAUUAACAUUGGACGUGUCCCUUGUCCGGGAUACCAUGAUGAUAUCCUCGAUGCUCGAAGUAAAGGAUAACAAGGUUCGGUUGGCAAAUGAUCAGUGGAAGGCAUUCAUCCUUCCACACUCGGAACAAAACGCUUUAUCAAAUACAUCCCGAUCAUCUGCCGCAUACUCUCUGGCGAACACGCUCUCAGGGUUGCAGAUCAGCGGGGAUGAUGCAGCCACCAUCCAAGCCAAAGUUACCGUGGCAGUAUUGGGCACAAAAUCUUCAAUAUUCCAAAUCACGGAGGCAGAUGGAAAUGGGAAGGUUCCUGAGGGCGAAAAGGAUGAAAGUUCGUCGAAUACGACUACGGGAAGUGUUUUGACGGAUGCUACCCCCGCUGCUACGACGUCACCGCCGACAAGUGAUGAGGAGAUUGAGAAGCGCUUGCCGGCUUAA